AUGCCCCUUGCAAUGGCGUCUACCCUGGGGCCCCGCCUCCCCGAGCUGCGGCGGAAUAUCUGCAGACAAUGCGCCAGGUUGCCCGCGGUUCAAUUGCAGCAAACCCGGUCAAGAUGGAUCUCGCAAAAGGUGGUAGCGAAGCGCCAGACGGCAGAGGAGGAGUGGGCAAAACGUGCCGACCUAAUUCAGCAAGGAGAGCUCCCCAACAUAUGGGAUGUUUUUGAAGAGCGUGGCUACAUCAAAGACGUCGCCGGACGCCCUCCACAAAUCAAAGAGCUUAUGCGAACAAAGCGAAUAGGCGCCUACGUCGGUGUCGACCCGACUGCCCCGUCUCUCCAUGUCGGCCACUUGCUUCCCUUCAUGCCCCUUUUCUGGAUGUAUCUGCACGGUUACACGGCGGUGUCGCUGGUUGGAGGCGCAACCGGAAGGAUAGGUGACCCGACGGACCGGCUGAAGACCCGUGAGGUUAUGGCGAACAGCGAGGUUUCAAUGAACAUUACCAAGAUCCACUACCAGAUGAAGAAGAUCUGGGUCAACGUCGAGGCGCUCGGCAGGAAGUACGGCACGGAGCCGGAUUGGGCGGCCAAGAGGCACCUCGUGAACAACAAUAUGUGGUGGCAGAGCCUGCCAAUGUACGAUGUGAUGAAGAGGCUGGGUCGGUUUAUGCGGAUAGGGCCCAUGCUCUCCCGCGACACUGUCAAGAACAAGAUGGAAAAGGGCGACGGAAUGUCCCUUGCGGAGUUCACCUACCCUCUGAUGCAGGGAUGGGACUUUUGGCACUUGUACUCAAAGCUGGGCGUCCAGAUGCAGAUCGGAGGCUCCGACCAAUUCGGCAACAUCGUGACCGGUAUCGAGGCCGUCAAGACGAUCCGCUCAUCCGAGGAAAACCCCAACAUGAGGAUGCCCGAGACCUGGAAGGACGACCCCAUCGGCUUCACCGUGCCGCUCCUGACGGACAGCGCCGGCGUUAAGUUCGGCAAGAGCGCGGGCAACGCCGUCUGGCUCGAUCCCUUCCUGACCAGCGCCUUCGACCUCUACGGUUACUUCGCCAGGAAAUCCGACAGUGAUGUCGAGAAGCUGCUGAGGCUCUUCACCUUCCUGCCCACCGCCGACAUCGAGAGGUUGAUGAUCGAGCAUCAGAAGGACCCGCCCAAGCGCAUCGCGCAGCACACUCUCGCCUUCGAGGUGCUGUCCCUCGUCCACGGCGCCGACGUCGCCAUCAGGGAACAGCAGCAGCAUAAGUUCAUGUACAGCAAGGGAGCCGCUGCCGAGAUGGCCUCCUCGCCGUACGAGGCCGUCGAGGGCAAGCCCACAACCCUCAACAACGCCCCCAAGAUGGACAUGCAGCUGCCCCACGACCUCAUCUACAACCAGGGCAUCGCCCGCAUUCUCCACGCUGCUGGUCUGGCCAGCUCCGUCAGCGAGGGCCACCGUAUCGCCAAGGGUGCCGGCGCCUACGUCGCCGCCGCACCCGGUAAGGACAUGCGUGGUCUCGUGCCCGGAAACCUGGACUGGACACCCGUGAAGCUGUGGUUCCCGCAAGAUGUGUCCAAGUUCCUCAUCGAUGGCCGCGUGCUCAUCAUCCGCAAGGGCAAGCACAACGUGCGCAUCAUCGAGGUCGUCAGCGACAAGGAGUGGCAGGACAGCGGCAAGUCGUACCCCGGCGAGCCGUUCAAGGGCAAGACGCGUCUCGUGAUGCAGAAGCUCAAGGAGAUGGCCGAGGCCGAGGGCCGCAAGCUCAGUCGCCGCGAGCUCGAGAAGAUGGUCAAGGAGAAGCUGGCUGCCGAGGAGGAGGCGAUCACUGUCGCGAACAACCCGGAUAUCAAGUUCCCCACGAAGAGCGAGCGCCAGCAGGCUCGCGAUGAACUCAACAAGUCACAGUAG